AUAGGAGCCGGGCAGAGCUGAGUAAUUGCGUGGAUUUCGCCAUUCGACGUGGACAGAUCUAAAAGCAGGAGUCUAACAAGGAACUGCGGAUUGCCCCCUUGGUCGGGUAUAGUGAUGUGACACAUGGGAAAUUGCCAAACCCCGCAAAGCUUGGCGAGUCCCGCAUGUGGGGAAAAAGGCAAACGGGACCGCGGGGACAGUUGGGGGUUAUUUGGGGUUUGAUGUAUUAAGUCAGCAAGAUCGAUCGUCGGAGUUUAGAAUGUAAGAAGGGGUGGGUAUGCAGGGUCCGUCUCUCCUACUUACCCACCGCCAUGUCUUCCUUCUUCCCGUCGUACAACGUCGCACAGAUGGACUUUGCCGACGACGACCUCGUUGGUCUCGUAUCAAACGAACGCUCAACAAAUGACAAACACGCCCACACAAAUUCGUCCCGUACUCACAACAUCUUCGACAUCAGCGCUCCCCCCUACACCGCACCGCCAUACCAUUUUUCACCGCACUUUAAUUCUACUAUCCCCCCACUCGGUACUCAGUACGGGAAUGAACAUACGGAUUCACGAUCUCGUUCUCGCAGUCGUCCUCCAAGUGUAGGCCCAACCCGCUCAGCCACAACCCGCGGCCGCCGCACCAACUCCAUCUCGAGCACCUCACCGCCGCCUCAAUCCCGGCCCAAUCCUUCGCACAUUAUUAUCCCUACACGACCUGGCCCAUCUCCUUCUCCUUCUUCAGCACUUUCAACGGGCUGGUACAUCCCCCCGACCCCAGACUCACUUGGCAACCCUCACUCGCUCCCUUAUCCCCAUUAUGACGAACAUCAGCAGCAGCACCAGGGCAUGGUCUCUGCGAGCUUUCCCAACUUCCCUCCUGCAUCAGCUUUCACUCCUCCGCCCUCGUCCAACGCCACGACGCAGGAUAAACAAGCGCUGCUUGCCAACGAAAAGAGGCGCCGGCGGCGGGAAAGCCAUAACGCAGUGGAGAGAAGGAGGCGAGACAACAUCAACGAGAAGAUCACGGAGCUCGCGACUCUCAUUCCGGAGUGCCUGCUCGAAGGCGCCGGUACGAACGGGAACGGCACCAGUGCUGCGAGUCCGCCUGCGCCGGAUGAUUUGUGGGGCAGCUUGCUCAAGGAGGACGAGAGUCCACCCCCGGUUGGCGUAGCCGAUGUCGUUGCCAACGGAGCCUCCGGGAAUGGAGCCGUUAUCAAAGCGAACAAGGGUAUGAUUCUCAGCAAGAGUGUAGAGUAUAUUCGAUUCCUACAGCAGCUGGUGACGACCCAAGGCGCCAGGAAUCGAGAACUCGAGAAUGAGCUGCGUGGGCUGAGGGGAGAGCCCCCUGCCCCUGCCUAUACCUUCCCGACGAACGGCAGCCCAUUGGGUGACGUGGAUGAGGAAGAGGAGCAUGAAGAAGAUCCGGUCGUGAAAAAGGAGGAGGAAACUGAACGUGGACGCAGGCGUGUCAGGCAGGGCGUUGGCGAAGGAAUGGAUGUCGAUGGUGUGUAAUACCAUAUUGUACCUACUGACCACGUUUCUCUCUUGAUUGCUUCAUCCACUCUUGUAACAAUCCAUUUACCAGUGUACUUUUAUUUCCUCUUUUUGCCCCUCAUUUUUAUAGUGAAAAAAAGUCUCAUUGUACGUAGUCGUAACGACCUGAUAGGAAUGCAAUUAUGUAAAGAUACGAGCGUCUAGCAAUAAAAACCCGAGUAU